AAAGCCUGGUCCAAACCAAACGUACUACCUGCCUCCGUCCUUUCACUAUAAGCCAAGCCGAAGACACCUGGCCUCUCACUAGGUACAAACCAUGGCCAUGGCCGGAUCGUCCACCACCCUCCCUCCGCCGCCGCAGCAGAAGGCGGUCGAUGUCCUCCCCGUGGACAGCCUCCGCAACAUUCUCCGUCGCCUCUCCCUCGCCGACCUUCUCCGUGCCGCCCUCGCCUGCCACCGCUGGCGCCGCGUCGCCGCACGCUGCCUCCCCCGCACCGCUCCUCUCCUCGGCCACUUCUUCCACCCCACCGCCACCGGUUUGCCGCCGCCCCUGCACUCGGCAUCCAAGGACAUCGUCAUCGAGGCCCCCGCCGUCUUCGCUCCCCUCGACGCCUCCGCACCGAACCUCUCCCUCGACUUCGCUCCGGAGGCCUCCCGCUUCGUGCUCCACGACUGCCACCAAGGCCUGCUGCUUCUCGAACCGCUCGCGUCGCUUCCCAAGGGGAUCCUCCCACGCCUCCUCGUCAUCGACCCGGCCACCCGCCGCCGCGUGCUCCUCCCGCCGCCGCCGCGCGACACGGUGCCCGACGACCAGCGCUGGCGCAGCUGCAGGCACUACGUCGGCUCCGGGCUUCUCUCCCGCGCGCACCCGAGCAAGCUCUGCUUCGAGGUCGUCUGCAUCUCCAUCGACGGCGGGCACCCCCGCGCCUGGGUCGCGUCCGUCGACGACGGCCAGUGCCGCUGGCGCGCGCUCCCGCGGGCCACGGAGGUGGAGGUCAGCUUCGACCCCUGGUGGUUCGAGUCGCGCUGCGUGCACGCCGCCGGGAAGCUCUACUGGCACAUCUGCAACUCCGGCCGCGUGCUCUCGCUGGACCCUUCCACACUGCACUUCUCUUACCUGCUGGCGCCGAAGGAGAUGCCCAGGUUCGGCAAGUUCCGCAUCGGGGAGACGCCGGACGACGGGCGGCUGUGCAUCGCGACCGUGGAGGACCAGCUGCUGCGGGUGUGGGUGCGUGGGGAGACCAGGUGGAGCGACGAUGGGUGGUAUCUGGAGAGGGAGAUGAAUCUCACCAAGGUGUACGACACGGUGCCGGGCCUGCCCAAGGACAAGUGCCUCAGGAUCUUCAGUGUUUGGCUCAGCGACAUGGACGCGGGGCGUACCGGCAAGCUGUUCAUCAGAACGAUGGGGUAUGGGCGCUACUCCUUACAUCUGGACACCGCCAAGAUCGAGCGCAUGCACACCAAACAUGGCAAGGAGUACGGCCACCCGAUGUGCGCCUACUUCCUCGCGUGGCCGCCUGCCUUCCUCGCUCCAGACAACUGACUUUCUGAUGAUUGGUUCCUGACUUCCGAGAUGUGGAAUCAGCACAGUUUUUGUUUGAAGUCAGCUCAGAUCAUAUCACCCCUAGGCUCACUGAUGCCAUCUGCAGCUUCACUCAGCGCAAGGACGAAGAAGCGCUCCUGUUACCUUAUUUAUUAGACCAUCUAAGCAAUGUCGCCAGCUCCUAUAUAUGUAAUUUAUCUAAGUGUCUUUUGGACCUGAUGAUAUUCUCAAAACUGCCAUCUGAGCAUCCUUGAUAUUCUCGUACGUGUUGCAUGCGUGCAAUAUUUAUCUCACCUUUGACCAUUUUUGUGUCAUGUACCCACAGCCAGAUUU